GCGUUGUCUAGCCUCGCGCCUCGUAUGACACCUUCCUAGGCAAUAUUGAACAGAAGACAGCAGAGCCCGUCCCCUUGCCUCAGACCACUGUGAGUUUCGAACUACCGACACCAUGUUCGAUACUCUCACUCUGCACUGCUCCCCGUUCAUGGUGGCCCUUAACAGCCGGAUCAACUUUCCAGGAAAGUGGUGCCGCUGCAUGAUGUUCCAUAGCUUGUUCCUAUCUAUGGUAUCGUAGGCCGCCUUGAAGUCGAAAAGAGGUGGUGCGUAGGGAUCUGCCGAAGAGUAAAGAUUUGGUCGGUGGUGGAUUUGCCUCCAACAAACCCAACAUGGUAGCUUCCGACGAAAUCCGUAGCAAGGGGGGCAAGUCUGCAGAACAAGAUUUGGGACAGGAUCUUAUAGGCGGCAUUGAGGACUGAAAUAGCGCGAUAGUUCGAGCAUUCCAAUCUGUCGCCCUUUUUGUAGACUCGGUGAAUGACGCCCAGCUUCCACUUCUCCGGUAAUUCUCCUUGCUCCCAUUGUUUGAUUUUUUCUAUUGUCAUUUGUUUCAUAGUUUCUUUGUUUGUAUUAGUUUUUUUUUUGGUAUUUCAUUGUUUAGGGAUGUAUGAUUUUAAUUUUAUGAUGUCUCAUUAAUUGAGUUCUAAUUGGUCUACAAAAAACGAUGCCUUCUGUGAGUUCUUUUCUUGUAGUAAAAUAAUUCCUUAUUUUGAACGGUAUUUCCCAGAUGCCAGAGCGUGUAGGGUAUUUAGUGGUGUGGUUCUUGUGCAACCUGUUGCUUUCCUUAUGUUAGCUCUGUUUAUGGUUAUUGCUUUGUGUGGAUAUUAGUGAUGGGUAAAGUACCGAAACAUAAGUAACGGACCGGUACCUGGUUUGCAAGAAAAAGUACCGGUAACGAAAAACCUGGUUACUUUGGACCUGUAUGUUGAAUAAGAUGACAUGCAUUUUGGCGGGAUGUUUUGUGCAAUUUUAAAAGCUGAAUGCGAAAAAUCCGCAAGGUUUUUACGCUCUGGAGCGAAAACCCCGAAAUUAAUUAUAUUUACUUUUUCAUUUUUUCAUCAUUUAGUCAAAAAAUGCCAUUUAACUUUAUUAUUACCAUUGCUUGAUUAUGGCAAACGAUGAAUAAGUAAGAGGGAAAGGGAAAUUAUUGUCCUUGGCUGGGGGCUGGGGCUUAUGAGGGUACGGUGGGGUGCGCAGAAAUGUUUGACACUCCUCCCGAACGUUGCGUGAAUUCGUUAGCAGUUAUUAACUUUAUGUAAGUCUUUUUCCUUGUGAAGUUUCAUUACUCUUUCAGCAUGUUGCUCGUUUUAAUACCUGAUCAAUGAAAUUAUUUUUUAGUUAUUGUUAAAUCAUUGAAAUAUCCUGCUUAAAAUUUCCCUGAUACAAGAAGUGUACUUUACAAGUACAACUCUACCACCAUCGUGUCAACAGACAGUAAUAGACACGUACAGGACAAGUUUUCGUUACCAGGACAAGCAACUGGUCGUCGCCAGUGAAAUUUUGUUUUCAAUAUAUCAAGUUGAUUUUUAUCAAAAGUAAACAUUAAAAUGAAAAAAUUAAGAUUUGUCUAAAAAUUGUAAUACAAUUUCCAAACUCUUUACAGAAAUAGGGAUAAAUUUGUACCUGCUGUAUCCAGGUAUUUUUCAUUUUUGGACCGGGUCAGGUGCGUUAUUUUAUUGUAUUUGUUCCGAACCACCAGGUCCAACGGUACUUGCCCUUGACUAGAAGAUACGAUAUUACAUCAAUUCAAUAUUCUUAUUUUAGCCAAACUCUUUACAUGAAAAAAAUUGCUCAGUCGUUCAUUUUUAUAAAUUUCAUACCAUUUUUGUGAAUUCCAAAAUAUAAAAAAAAAUAUUUAAACUGAUACUAUUUUAAGUUACCAACGGUUCUAGCGGUCCGGUUGCAGAGGUGGUAGCUACGCUGGUCAGAAUGGACGGGUGUUGAGACCAAUCCCAACCGUCUCCCCGUACGCAGGGCUGGCUACCCUGCUGUGGGUGUAAAAAAAAGUCAAGGAAAAUGUCAACAUGGAAGGCCAAGAGCUAUCGCGGUCAACGAAGCAGAAGAUGAUGUUUCACUCUUUAUUAAAAAAAUAAUAAACACACUCACAAUAUUGAACCUAGCAUUUGUUAUGCUCAAUGUUCAUAUUUAGACUGUUCACCAUCAAUUUCUAUUUUUUUGCUCGGAACCGGAUCCGGAACUGGAUCCGGAAUCGAAUCCGGAAUCGGUUUCAGGAUCGGAUCCGGAACCGGAUUCGGAACCGGCUCCGGAACCAGAUAGUUCCAAUUCCGAGCGCCCAUCACUACUAGGUGAUAACACGAACUUUAUUAAGCCAUCAGAUUGUGGGCUUAUGCCGGUUAUCCGCACGAGAAGAAGAAGUCCAUGUUGAAGUUCGUCGCUACACGAGGAACUCGUUUUCUAUUUGUCGAUUGGAUGCUAAUGUACUCUGAAUGGAAGGUUUCUCGUGUAUCCAGCGAGUGCGGAAACCGAUUCGUCAGUCCGAUUUUGGCAACAUCGUGAAGAUGAGGUCGUCAUCUUUGGUGCUUAUUGCUAUUCUCUUUACAGCUGCACUAGAGCAUUGUUUCGCUAUACGUGGCAAGCUAAUCGAUGAUGAUGGAUUGGUUCCAGAAUCUUCAGCGCUGGUGUUAGUUAGUAAUUUUAAAAAACAAUGUGCUGGAACUUUAAUCACGGAGAGCAUCAUUUUAGCACCUGCCCAUUGUGUGAAUAGCUCGGACUCGGUAACUGUUAAAAUUCCAAACACGCCAGUUGUUUACGAGGAAGAGCAGCCAUUAAAUGUCAGUCAAGUGAUUAAACAUCCAAAAUUUAAUGAAGGAGACCAAUGGUAUAAUAUUGCUAUACUGAAGCUAGAGAAACCAAUCAAACCAAGCACCUUAAUACCGGCAUGUCUAUGGUUCGCGAACAAUACGUUUUAUUCAAAGCCACUGUUUACAGGAUUGUCACGCAAGAAAAAUCCAUCAUCAAAUGUUUAUACAUAUGACAUGGUACAGUUAAAAAAUUUUAAGCUAUUGAAUAACACGGAGUGCAUAUCAUACGGACAACGCAAAGGAUUAUUGAGCGUGAAUAUGUCAGAAGUCCAGGGUUGCAUUUGUUACAGGAAAAUCAUUACCGAAAAAUUUGAAGGAUAUUUGAAUGUCAAUUUAGUUUACGAUAACCACGUUGUACCAUAUGCGAUAGGAUUGCUGUCCCAUUACUUACGUGAAGGCAAAUUUUCCAUCGAAACGUUUGUUAAAAUUUCCUAUCUUACCGAAUGGAUAAAGGAAACAUUUCGAGAUCUAGGAGAAGAAGUCCCAUUUUCGCUAUUCGAUCCACUGGCGUGUGCUGAACGAUAUUUAGAACAAAGGCAGAAGAUCCAGGGCAACCUGCUGGUAAAGAAAAUUGGCUCAGUAGAAUACAUGGUACAAAUUCCAGAUAUUCCAGAUAGCUCGCCAUCAAACCAGACAGGGUAAUUUUGUCUGAUUCUUCCUCCAAGAGCAUUCGCGACGUUUUCAUACAUCCCGGGUAUAAGGAAAACACAUUUUACAACAAUAUUGCAUUGCUGAAGCUUUCAUCAGAAACGUCAAUUACACCGGCC